GGCACCAGAGGAGUCGGAGAGGAGACGGAGACCAGGGCUGUCAGGACAUAACACCCAACAACAUCCCGACUGACAGCCCCGUGAAAGACGCCGCGGGACACAGCACCCAACACCAACCCGACCGGCAGCUCCGUGAAAGACGCCGCAGGACACAGCUCCCAAAACCAACCUGACCGGCAGCCCCGCAGAACAAGCCACGGUUCAACAGCAGAAGAGGGGCUGGCAUAGCGACGGCAGCUAUAGGAACACACCAGGUACACAGCAUCUAAUCUACCUCAUAGCCUCCACUAUACAAGAAGAAUUACACAAAGCUACAGACAGCGGCUACAUAGAAACAACUAAGUAGACAGUGGCUACAGAGCAACUACAACAACAGCCAGUGAUGAUGAGCGGAAGCAGUCUGGAAAGGUCAGAGGAAUUCUCAGAGGAGGACCUGGAGCUGAGCAUGCUGGGUCAGGGGGAGGAUGAUGAGGCGAGCGACGGCAGCCCCAAGGGCCCCUUGCAGGACAGCGAGGGCUCGGCCAGCAGCCCCCCCAGCGACGACCCUGAGGAGGGACAGUCCAAGAAGCGUAGCCGCCCGGUCCGCUCCAAGGCCCGCCGUGUGGCCGCCAACGUACGCGAACGCAAACGUAUCCUGGACUACAACCAGGCCUUCAACGCUCUGCGUGUGGCACUCAACCACGACCUCAGCGGCAAGCGGCUCUCCAAGAUUUCCACCCUGCAGAGGGCCAUCAACCGCAUCUCGGCCCUAUCUGUCUUCCUCAGCUCCAACCCCCCCAGUAAGCCCUGCUCCCACUGGGAGUGCCACAGGCCAGCUGGGGGGCCAUUGGUGGUGGGAAAGGUGGGGACAUCAAGGCUGGACCUGCCCAGGGUGUCAGUCGCUCAUCGCCUGGAGCCCCAGAACUACGUCUCCUGGAACCACGCAUCACUCCCCCAUCAGAUCCAGCCCCAACAGGGAACCCACCCUCACCCUCACAGGCUGCCAACAGAGACACACCUCUACAUGGACAGCAUGGGCUCCUCAUGCCCCACCUCACCAUACUACCCCUGCUACCCCGCCAAGGGCCAGUUGUACACCUCAAAAGGACACUGUGGGACAGGAAACCCCUUGGAGCAGCCGCCCAGCCCUAUUAGGUACACCCAGGUGGGCGAGGGGCUGGGGUACCAGACGGGGGUGUGGGCCUCCUGCGCCCAGGGCUAUAUGGACGCGUUUAUGGAGUCGUCUCCAGCCCUGGGCCUCCCCUGGCAGGUGAGCUACAUCCAGGAGACAGCAGGCCCCCAGCACAGCUUGCCCCUGCUCUGACACUAGGACCAGAGAAGUUAUGGCCUAGCUAUCCACCACUGUGACCCCUGGAGCCUGGAGAAUAGACCAGCCAACUGUCCUAAUGAUCUCAGGGAAAAAUAUGAAAAAGUGAGCUUCAUGUGCUCUCACUGUUGCAAUGGAUUCAGUAUUACAGUGCUACUCUCUAAAGUAGAGACACUGAAUUAGUUUCACGUUUUAAUGUCAAAGUGAAAUGCCUUUCUUGCAAGCUCUAAACCCAACAAUGCAGUAAUCAAUAACAAUGUAACAC